GGGCCGAAUCUCGACCUUAAAGGUUGAGUCAGGAGCAACUGGAUCAGAACUUGAGGCUCUCUGCCGUUGGAGCGUGUCGUGACCUGAAGUGCGCGUGCGCAGCUGUGGCCACCGCAGGUUUUUGAAACAUGCAUCCUUCACUCCUGACUGUCCUGUGCUUGGGAAUCGCCUCGGCUGUUCCACAACUUGAUCAAAGCUUAGAUGCACAGUGGUCCCAGUGGAGGGCAACACACAAGAAACUCUAUGGCAAGAAUGAAGAAGGAUGGAGGAGAGCAGUGUGGGAGAAGAACCUGAAAAUGAUUGAACUGCACAAUCGGGAAUACAGCUUAGGGAAACACGGCUUCACAAUGGCAAUGAAUGCCUUUGGAGACAUGACCAAUGAAGAAUUCAGGCAAGUAAUGAAUGGCUUUAAAAACUUGAGACACAAGAAGGGGAAAGUGUUCCAUGAACUUCCCUUUCUUGAAGUCCCCAAAUCUGUGGAUUGGAGAGAGAGAGGCUAUGUAACGCCGGUGAAGAAUCAGGGUCAGUGUGGUUCUUGCUGGGCUUUUAGUGCAACUGGUGCCCUGGAGGGACAGAUGUUCCGCAAAACUGGUAAACUUGUUCCACUGAGUGAGCAGAAUCUGGUGGACUGUUCUCGGUCUCAAGGCAAUGAGGGCUGCAACGGUGGCCUAAUGGACAAUGCCUUCCAGUACGUUAAGGAUAAUGGAGGCCUGGACUCAGAGAAAUCCUAUCCAUACCUUGCAAGGGACACAGAUGCCUGUAACUACAAGCCCGAGUUUGCUGCCGCCAAUGACACUGGCUUUGUGGACAUCCCUCAGCGGGAGAAGGCCCUCAUGAAGGCCGUGGCGGCAGUGGGGCCCAUCUCUGUUGCCAUCGAUGCUGGCCAUGAGUCGUUCCAGUUCUAUAAAGCAGGCAUUUAUUAUGAUCCGCAGUGUAGCAGCAAAGACCUGGAUCACGGCGUCCUGCUGGUUGGCUAUGGCUUUGAAGAAGCAGAUUCAAAUAACAAAUUCUGGCUUGUCAAGAACAGAAAACAUGCUCUUCUUCCAGCUGGGGGCCGGAAUGGGGCUGGAAUGGCUACGUUAAAAUAGCCAAAGACCAGAACAAUCACUGUGGAAUCGCCACAGCAGCAAGCUAUCCCACUGUGUAAGCUGAUGGCAGUGAUAAUGCAGGACUUGAGGACAGCGUAUCCAGACAAAUUUCAUCAUAAAACUGACUAGACCCUUAUUGUGUAAGAUAAAACCCUUGAGUCAUUGAGGAUCCAAGCUGUGAUUUGCAUUUUGACAUUUUUAUAAGGGUAAAAUGUUACCACUACUUUAAUUACUAUUAUAUAAAUAGCUUUAUAAUGUUCAAGUCUCAUUACUUAAUGCUAAAUAUUUGAAUUUUCAUUUUUUAAAAGGAUAUAUAAAAAACUACCUUUUAAAAUAAAUUUUAAUUCAGUGUGUAAAGAUGGAACUUCUUUCUAUAUUUAUAAUGCAUUAAUGUUUUGUGUAGUUGGGAAGUGCAAUUAGGCUAUAAAGAUGUAACUGAAUGUGCCAAUGGUGGAUUAGGAAAAGGACGCUGGGUGGCCCUCUUGAUCUUCCAGUUAUAACUAUGCAGAUUCUAUGUCAGCUACCUGUUGACCGUGUUGACCCAAUCCUUGAAGCCAGCCAAAUGUGACACCCAGUCUGGAAGGGCAAAGGUAAAUUGUCUUAAUAAAAACAAAUUCACCCUUAGAAAAGUGAUUACAUAUACAGAUUGUUAGAUUUUAGAUAACUAGAAAAGGAGGGCCUCCUCCUUUGACUCAGGAUGUUUCUAACUUAGUCAUGUUAUGUGCGGAAAGCCUCAGAGCCUGUUACCAAAGCAGUUGCUGAAAUCACUGUGUGGACCACAUGACUACUUGGCAGCUGGAAAGGACAAGGCCCCAGUGGACUGCAGGCAUUAGUCUUUGUUCUGCCAAGUCUCUGAUGGCAUUCCACAUAACUUUCAGGAAAAGCCUCCUUUAUUACCUGGUGUUAACAAAUGUAAAUGUAAUGGCUGUGAUUAAUAAAUAUCAGGUGCUUGGUAGAAACUGGAGAAAUGUGUUCAAGGUCUACGAGAGAUGAGGGUUGGCUUCAAAAAUAGUUCUCUGGCCUUGAAAAUGGGUGACAGAUCUUUAGGCCAAAUUUGGGUUUACCUAAUCUCUGAGCUAAAAAUUAACUUGAAGGGAACAGAACAGCCUAAUAAGCAUAUGGUUGCACAGGUAGUAAAUACAAUUCAUACAUUUGCAUAUUUAAAAGACAGGAAGGAAAAAUGCCAAACUGCUGGGUGAUUUAUAGAUGAUUAUUUUCUUUAACCUGUUAAAAUGUAAAAACACACCUACAUUCUGCAGGCUAAAAAAUCAUGUGUGCAUGUGUUUAAAAAUCUCAUGUUUCCAAAGUAUAAAGAAUAAACUGGUGAAAUGUUUAAUGUAGCUAUAAUCCUUGUGAAGGGAAUGACAUGGUGGACAGCUGGAGCCUUCUGUCCCACAAAGCUUCAUUUACAGUUGGCCACCUUUGGUCCGUAUUCCAGCCUGCCAAUCAAAGGACUAGAGCUACCCUUCUAACCUUGAGCUACAAUAUUGAAUUUGGAAUCUCUGUUUAAUUGGCCCAUUUCAAUAAAUUCAGUCUGAUCUAA